AUGAGAGUAUUCAGAGGUGCAGAGGUCAAUGGUCUGAUUACCACGACUUCAAGGAAAUUGGAUCGAGAGCAGCAGGCAGAACAUUUUCUGGAGGUGACAGUGACGGAUGGCGGAUCUUCUCCCAAACAGUCAACCAUUUGGGUGGUGGUUCAGGUUCUGGAUGAGAACGACAACAAGCCACAGUUCCCUGAGAAGGUCUACCAGAUCAAGCUUCCAGAACGUGACCGCAAGAAGAGGGGCGAACCCAUUUACAGGGCUUUUGCAUUUGACCGAGAUGAAGGCCCCAAUGCAGAAAUCUCCUAUAGUAUUGUGGAUGGGAAUGAUGACGGGAAGUUUUUCAUUGACCCUAAAACUGGCAUGGUCUCUUCCAGAAAGCAAUUCACAGCAGGAAGUUAUGACAUCCUAACGAUCAAGGCCGUGGACAAUGGCCGCCCACAGAAAUCCUCCACUGCCCGCCUCCACAUCGAAUGGAUUAAGAAGCCCCCGCCUUCACCUGUACCAUUGACAUUCGAUGAACCAUUUUACAACUUCACCGUCAUGGAGAGUGACAAAGUCACGGAGAUUGUAGGGGUGGUGUCCGUGCAGCCAGCUAACACCCCUCUGUGGUUUGACAUCGUCGGGGGGAAUUUUGACAGCUCUUUUGAUGCAGAGAAGGGUGUUGGAACAAUUGUCAUUGCAAAGCCUUUGGACGCAGAGCAAAGGUCAGUCUACAACAUGAGCGUGGAGGUCACCGAUGGAACAAAUGUUGCUGUCACUCAGGUAUUUAUCAAAGUGCUAGAUAACAAUGAUAAUGGCCCAGAAUUCUCCCAGCCACAUUAUGAGGUGACAAUUUCUGAGGAUGUGCUUCCUGAUACGGAGAUACUGCAGAUCGAGGCCACAGACAGAGAUGAGAAGCACAGGCUGAGCUACACCAUCCACAGCAGCAUCGACGCCGUCAGCAUGAGGAAGUUCCGGAUGGACCCCAGUACAGGCGUGCUCUACACUGCCGAAAGGCUGGACCAUGAGGCCCAGGACAAGCACAUCCUCAACAUAAUGGUCAGAGAUCAGGAAUUUCCUUACCGAAGAAACUUGGCCCGGGUCAUUGUGAACGUGGAGGAUGCUAACGAUCACAGCCCUUAUUUUACCAAUCCACUGUAUGAAGCAUCAGUGUUCGAAUCAGCUGCUCUGGGAUCAGUUGUUCUGCAAGUGACAGCUCUGGACAAAGACAAGGGGGAAAAUGCAGAGCUCAUAUAUUCCAUUGAAGCAGGGAACACGGGGAACACAUUUAAGAUUGAACCAGUCCUGGGCAUCAUUACCAUUUCCAAAGAGCCAGACAUGAUGGCCAUGGGUCAGUUUGUCCUGUCCGUUAAAGUCACCGAUCAAGGCUCUCCACCAAUGUCUGCCACUGCAAUUGUACGCAUCUCCAUCAGCAUGUCUGAUAACUCCCACCCCAAGUUCACUCACAAAGACUACCAAGCUGAAGUCAAUGAAAAUGUGGAUAUUGGAACAUCUGUCAUCCUGAUUUCAGCCAUCAGCCAGUCGACCCUCAUCUACGAAGUCAAAGAUGGAAACAUCAAUGGAGUCUUUACCAUAAAUCCGUAUUCUGGAGUCAUCACCACUAGGAGAGCCCUGGACUAUGAACACACCUCUUCCUAUCAGCUCAUCAUUCAGGCCACUAACAUGGCAGGCAUGGCUUCCAAUGCCACCGUCAGUGUGCAGAUUGUUGAUGAAAAUGAUAACCCCCCAGUGUUUCUCUUCUCUCAGUACUCAGGCAGACUGAGUGAGGCUGCCCCCAUCAACAGCAUUGUCAGGAGCCUAGACAACAGCCCACUGGUGAUCCGAGCCACCGAUGCUGACAGCAACCAAAAUGCACUUCUGGUGUAUCAGAUUGUGGAGUCAACUGCCAAGAAGUUCUUCACGGUGGACUCUAGCACAGGAGCCAUCAGAACAAUCGCCAACCUGGACCAUGAAGUUAUCGCGCACUUCCACUUCCAUGUACAUGUGAGAGACAGUGGGAGCCCACAGCUAACUGCAGAGAGUCCGGUUGAAGUCAACAUUGAGGUAACAGAUGUGAAUGAUAAUCCACCCGUGUUCACUCAGGCUGUGUUUGAAACUGUCUUACUUCUCCCCACCUAUGUUGGUGUGGAGGUUCUGAAGGUGAGCGCCACAGACCCUGACUCUGAGGUACCCCCUGAACUGACAUACAGUCUCAUGGAAGGGAGUGUGGAUCAUUUUCUAAUGGAUCCAAAUACUGGAGUGCUCACCAUAAAAAAUAAUAAUCUUUCCAAAGAUCACUACAUGCUGAUAGUCAGAGUAUCUGAUGGGAAGUUCUACAGCACUGCCAUGGUCACCGUCAUGGUUAAAGAAGCCAUGGACAGUGGCCUCCACUUCACACAAAGCUUUUAUUCCACCUCCAUCUCAGAAAACAGCACAAACAUAACCAAAGUUGCUAUUGUCAAUGCAGUUGGAAACCGCCUUAACGAGCCCUUAAAAUACAGCAUCUUAAACCCAGGAAAUAAAUUCAAGAUAAAAUCUACCUCAGGAGUCAUUCAGACCACAGGAGUACCUUUUGACCGCGAAGAACAGGAGUUAUAUGAGUUGGUGGUGGAAGCCAGUCGUGAGUUAGACCAUAUGCGCGUGGCGAGGGUGGUAGUCAGGGUUAACGUUGAGGAUGUAAAUGAUAACGCUCCUGUCUUUGUGGGCCUCCCAUACUAUGCUGCUGUACAAGUUGAUGCUGAACCAGGGACUCUGAUAUACCGGGUAACAGCCAUCGACAAAGAUAAAGGUGCCAAUGGAGAAGUGACCUAUGUCUUGCAGGAUGACUAUGGUCACUUUGAAAUUAACCCUAAUUCAGGGAAUGUGAUUUUAAAAGAAGCAUUCAACUCAGAUCUCUCCAACAUUGACUAUGGAGUCACCAUUCUCGCCAAGGAUGGUGGCAAUCCAUCUCUGUCCACAUUUGUGGAACUUCCCAUCACCAUUGUUAACAAAGCAAUGCCUGUGUUUGAUAAACCCUUUUAUACAGCAUCAAUCAAUGAGGAUAUCACAAUGAACACUCCCAUUCUCAGUAUCAACGCCACCAGCCCAGAAGGCCAGGGCAUCAUAUACCUCAUCAUUGAUGGAGAUCCCUUCCAACAAUUUAACAUUGACUUUGACACUGGGGUCCUAAAAGUCAUUAGUCCUUUGGAUUAUGAAGUCACGUCAGUUUACAAGUUGACGGUGAGAGCUAGUGAUGCUCUUACAGGUGCCAGGGCUGAAGUCACUGUGGACCUGCUAGUAGAUGACAUCAAUGACAACCCUCCUGUUUUUGAUCAGCCCACUUACAACACAACACUCUCUGAAUCAUCUCUUAUUGGAACACCUGUUCUUCAACUUGUCUCAACUGAUGCAGACUCAGGAAACAACAAGAUGGUACAUUAUCAGAUUGUCCAGGAUACUUACAAUAGCACAGAUUACUUUCACAUAGAUAGCUCAAGUGGCUUAAUCCUGACAGCGAGGAUGCUAGACCAUGAGUUGGUGCAACACUGUACCUUGAAAGUCACAGCAACUGAUCAUGGUUUUCCAUCCCUGAGCAGUGAAGUCCUGGUUCAGAUCUACAUUUCUGAUGUUAAUGACAACCCCCCAGUUUUUAAUCAGCUUAUUUAUGAAUCUUAUGUGAGUGAACUAGCCCCCCGGGGUCAUUUUGUAACUUGCGUGCAAGCCUCAGAUGCAGACAGCUCUGACUUUGACCGGUUGGAAUACAGCAUCUUAUCUGGGAAUGAUCGAACCAGCUUUCUGAUGGACAGCAAGAGUGGAGUUCUCACGCUCUCUAGCCACCGGAAGCAGCGUAUGGAGCCUCUGUACAGCCUCAAUGUGUCUGUGUCUGAUGGACUGUUUACCAGCACUGCCCAGGUUCACAUCAGGGUCCUUGGGGCUAAUUUGUAUAGCCCUGCCUUUUCACAAAGCACAUACGUAGCUGAGGUGAGAGAGAAUGCAGCCUCCGGGACAAAGGUCAUUCAUGUCCGAGCCACAGAUGGGGACCCAGGAACAUAUGGUCAGGUUAGCUAUUCCAUCAUCAAUGACUUUGCCAAGGAUCGGUUCCUCAUAGACAGCAAUGGGCAGAUCAUCACAACAGAAAGACUAGACCGUGAAAACCCUUUGGAAGGAGAUAUUAGUAUUUAUCUGAGAGCUUUGGAUGGAGGUGGGAGGACCACAUUCUGCACUGUUCGGGUGAUUGUGGUAGAUGAAAAUGACAACGCCCCACAGUUUCUUACAGUGGAAUAUAGGGCCAGCGUCAGGGCUGAUGUCGGAAGGGGCCACUUGGUCACUCAGGUCCAAGCUUUGGAUCCAGAUGAUGGAGUGAAUUCGAGGAUUACAUAUUCCCUCUAUAGUGAGGCUUCAGUGUCAGUGGCUGACCUCUUGGAAAUCGAUCCUGAUAACGGCUGGAUGGUGACCAAAGGCAAUUUUAACCAACUCAGAAACACAGUGCUGUCCUUCUUUGUGAAGGCAGUAGAUGGUGGCAUCCCAGUCAGACACUCCCUCAUUCCAGUCUACAUCCACGUCCUGCCCCCUGAAACAUUUCUGCCUUCGUUCACCCAGUCACAGUACUCCUUUACCAUUGCAGAAGACACAUCCAUUGGAAGCACAGUAGACACCUUGAGGAUUCUGCCCAAUCAAAGUGUCCGGUUCAGCACAGUUAAUGGGGAACGGCCAGAGAAUAACAAAGAGGGUGUCUUCAUCAUAGAACAAGACACAGGUGCCAUCAAGCUCGACAAACGCCUUGACCAUGAAGCCAGUCCAGCUUUCCACUUUAAAGUAGCAGCUACUAUACCCUUGGACAAAGUGGACAUUGUAUUCACUGUGGAUGUAGAUGUCAAGGUAUUGGAUCUGAAUGACAACAAACCAGUCUUUGAAACCUCGAGCUAUGAGACGAUCAUAAUGGAGGGGAUGCCUGUUGGCACCAAGCUUGCCCAGGUGAGAGCCGUCGACAUGGACUGGGGAGCCAAUGGGCAGGUCACUUACUCCCUACACUCAGAUUCCCAUCUUGAAAAGGUAACGGAAGCGUUCAAUAUUGACAGCAACACAGGAUGGAUCAGUACAUUGAAGGACCUGGACCAUGAGACAGACCCUGCCUUCUCUUUCUUUGUGGUGGCUUCCGACCUCGGAGAGGCUUUCUCUCUUUCUUCCAUGGCUCUGGUCUCAGUCAAGGUGACAGAUAUAAAUGACAAUGCACCAGUCUUUGCUCAUGAGGUAUACCGAGGAAAUGUGAAGGAGAGCGACCCGCCAGGGGAGGUGGUAGCCGUUCUCAGCACCUUGGACAGAGACACCUCCACCAUCAAUCGCCAAGUGAGCUACCACAUUACAGGAGGGAACCCCCGAGGACGGUUUGCCCUGGGCAUGGUGCAGAGUGAGUGGAAGGUCUAUGUGAAGAGGCCUCUGGACCGAGAGGAACAAGACAUUUACUUCCUCAAUAUCACUGCCUCUGAUGGACUCUUUGUCACACAGGCCACGGUAGAAGUGACUGUCAGUGAUGUAAAUGACAACAGCCCAGUGUGUGAUCAGGUUGCAUAUUCAGCAUCACUUCCUGAAGACAUUCCAUCAAAUAAACUCAUCCUGAAGGUCAGUGCCAAGGAUGCGGACAUUGGCUCCAAUGGAGAUAUACGAUACUCACUCUAUGGACCUGGAAACAAUGAAUUUUUUCUAGAUCCAGAAAGUGGUGAGUUAAAAACCUUGGCUGUGUUGGACCGGGAGAGGGUCCCGGUAUACAACCUGAUUGCUAGAGCUACGGAUGGAGGUGGCCGCUUCUGCAGCUCCAGUGUCCUUCUGCUCCUGGAAGAUGUGAAUGAUAACCCUCCUGUGUUUUCUUCCAACCACUAUACUGCAUGUGUCUAUGAGAACACAGCCACUAAGGCUCUGCUGACCAGAGUGCAAGCCGUGGACCCUGAUGUUGGCAUCAACAGGAAGGUUGUGUACUCCCUGGAGGACUCAGCCAGUGGAGUCUUCUCCAUCGACAGCUCCUCUGGUGUCAUCGUUCUGGAACAGCCUCUAGAUCGAGAGCAGCAGUCAUCCUAUAAUAUCAGUGUGCGGGCUACAGAUGAGAGUCCGGGACAGUCCCUCUCCUCUCUCGCCUCUGUCACCAUCACUGUCCUGGACAUUAAUGACAACCCGCCUGUCUUUGAGAGGAGAGACUACCUGGUAACAGUGCCUGAGGACACGUCCCUUGGCACCCAAAUCCUGUCUGUUUUUGCCACCAGCAAAGAUAUUGGCACAAAUGCUGAGAUCACGUAUCUCAUCCGGUCAGGGAAUGAACAAGGGAAAUUUAGGAUCAACCCAAAAACAGGGGGUAUUUCUGUCUCGGAAGCUCUGGACUAUGAAAUGUGCAGAAGAUUUUACCUCGUGGUGGAAGCUAAGGAUGGAGGCACCCCGGCCCUCAGCACCGCAGCCACCGUCAGCAUUGACCUCACAGAUGUAAAUGAUAACCCUCCUCGGUUCAGCCAAGAUGUCUACAGUGCUGUCAUCAGUGAGGAUGCCUUAGAGGGGGACUCUGUCAUUCUGCUGAUAGCAGAAGAUGUGGAUAGCAAGCCUAAUGGACAGAUUCGAUUUUCCAUCGUGGGUGGAGAUAGGGACAAUGAAUUUGCUGUGGAUCCCAUCUUGGGACUUGUGAAAGUUAAGAAGAAACUGGACCGGGAGCGGGUGUCAGGCUAUUCCCUGCUCAUCCAGGCAGUAGAUAGUGGUAUUCCUGCGAUGUCCUCAACGACAACUGUCAACAUUGAUAUUUCUGAUGUGAAUGACAACAGUCCAGUGUUUACACCUGCCAACUACACUGCUGUGAUCCAGGAAAAUAAGCCAGUGGGUACCAGCAUCUUACAGCUUGUGGUGACAGACAGAGACUCCUUUCACAAUGGGCCUCCCUUUUCCUUCUCUAUUUUGUCUGGAAAUGAAGAUGAAGAGUUCAUGCUGGACUCCCAAGGGAUCCUUCGGUCAGCAGUGGUCUUCCGGCACAUGGAGUCCCCAGAAUACCUUCUGUGCAUCCAGGCAAAAGACUCGGGAAAGCCACAGCAAGUUUCUCACACCUAUAUCCGUGUCCGGGUCAUUGAGGAAAGCACCCACAAACCCACAGCCAUCCCUCUGGAAAUUUUCAUUGUCACCAUGGAGGAUGAUUUCCCUGGUGGGGUCAUUGGAAAGAUCCACGCCACGGAUCAGGACAUGUAUGACGUGCUCACGUUUGCCCUGAAAUCAGAGCAGAAGAGCUUGUUCAAAGUGAACAGUCACGAUGGAAAAAUCAUUGCUCUGGGAGGGCUGGACAGCGGGAAGUACGUCCUGAAUGUGUCUGUGAGUGAUGGCCGCUUCCAAGUGCCCAUCGAUGUCGUUGUGCAUGUGGAGCAACUGGUGCAUGAGAUGCUGCAAAACACCGUCACCAUCCGCUUUGAGAACGUGUCCCCCGAGGACUUCGUUGGGCUGCACAUGCAUGGGUUCCGGCGCAUUCUGCGGAAUGCGGUCCUCACCCAGAAGCAGGACAGCCUGCGCAUCAUCAGCAUCCAGCCCGUGGUGGGCACCAACCAGCUGGACAUGCUGUUUGCUGUGGAGAUGCACAGCAGCGAGUUCUACAAGCCGGCCUACCUGAUCCAGAAGCUGUCCAACGCCAGGAGACACCUGGAGAACGUCAUGCAGAUCGCAGCCAUCCUGGAGAAGAACUGCUCGGGGCUGGACUGUCAGGAGCAGCACUGUGAGCAGGGCUUGUCGCUGGAUUCCCACGCACUCUUGACCUACAGCACAGCUCGCAUCAGCUUCGUAUGCCCACGUUUCUACAGGAAUGUGCGUUGCACUUGUAACGGAGGAGUGUGUCCCGGGUCCAAUGAUCCUUGUGUGGAGAAACCGUGUCCGGAAGACAUGCAAUGUGUCGGUUAUGAGGCCAGCAGGAGACCAUUUCUUUGCCAGUGUCCACCAGGGAAACUCGGAGAGUGCUCAGGGCACACGUCUCUCAGCUUUGCUGGGAACAGCUACAUCAAGUAUCGGCUUUCUGAAAAUAGCAAAGAGGAGGACAUCAAGCUAGCUCUGCGCCUGAGAACCCUGCAAAGCAAUGGGAUCAUAAUGUACGCUCGGGCCAACCCCUGCAUGAUUCUGAAGAUUGUGGAAGGCAAGCUGUGGUUCCAGCUGGACUGUGGCAGCGGCCCUGGGAUCCUGGGCAUUUCCAGCCGCGCUGUUAAUGACGGGAGCUGGCACUCAGUCUUUUUGGAGCUCAACCGCAAUUUCACCAGCCUGGCCCUGGACGACAGCUACGUAGAGCGCCGCAGGGCUCCGCUGUACUUCCAGACCCUAAGCACCGAAAGUGCCAUCUUCUUUGGUGCGCUCGUGCAAGCUGAUAACAUCCGCAGCCUGACGGACACGCGUGUUACACAGGUCCUCGGUGGCUUCCAGGGUUGCCUGGACUCCGUGGUGCUCAAUCACAACGAGCUACCCCUGCAAAACAAGCGUAGCAGCUUCGCGGAGGUCGUGGGUCUGACGGAGCUGAAGCUGGGCUGUGUGCUCUAUCCCGAUGCGUGCCAACGCAGCCCCUGUCUGCACGGGGGCAGCUGCAGCGGUCUGCCCUCUGGCGGCUAUCAGUGUUCCUGUCUCUCGCAGUUCACGGGGACAAACUGUGAAUCAGAGAUCACAGCCUGCUUCCCUAACCCUUGCCGGAAUGGAGGAUCCUGUGACCCCAUAGGAAACACCUUCGUCUGCAGCUGUAAAGUCGGCCUUACAGGUGUCACGUGCGAGGAUGACGUGGACGAGUGUGAGCGAGAAGAGUGUGAGAACGGGGGCUCCUGUGUCAACCUGUUCGGCUCCUUCUUUUGCAACUGCACCCCAGGCUACGUAGGCCAGUACUGCGGCUUGCGCCCCGUGGUUGUGCCCAACAUCCAGGCCGGCCACUCAUACGUGGGAAAGGAGGAACUGAUAGGCAUCGCUGUGGUCCUCUUCGUCAUCUUCACCCUGGUCGUGCUCUUCAUUGUCUUUCGCAAGAAGGUCUUCCGGAAGAACUACUCUCGCAACAACAUCACAUUAGUGCAGGACCCCGCCACAGCCGCUCUGCUUCACAAGAGCAACGGUAUCCCCUUCCGCAGCCUGCGUGCCGGAGACGGGCGCAAUGUGUACCAGGAGGUGGGGCCCCCACAGGUGCCGGUGCGCCCCAUGGCCUACACACCCUGCUUCCAGAGCGACUCCAGGAGCAAUCUGGACAAGGGCCUGGAUGUGCUGGGUGGGGAGCCGCAGGAGAUGAGCACAUUCCAUCCAGAAUCCCCACGCAUCCUGACAGCAAGGCGAGGUGUGGUGGUGUGCAGCGUGGCUCCCAACCUACCAGCUGUGUCACCGUGCCGCUCAGACUGCGACUCCAUCCGGAAGAACGGCUGGGACACAGGAUCUGAAAACAAAGGGGCUGAAGACACGGGAGAAGUGACCUGCUUCACGAACAGUAACAAAGGCAGCAACUCCGAAGUUCAGUCCCUCAGCUCCUUCCAGUCAGAUUCUGGAGAUGACAAUGCAUCCAUAGUGACUGUCAUUCAACUUGUCAACAAUGUAGUUGACUCUAUAGAGAAUGAAGUGUCUGUUAUGGACCAAGGACAGAAUUACAACCGAGCCUAUCACUGGGACACCUCUGAUUGGAUGCCUGGGGCCCGGCUGUCAGAUAUCGAAGAAAUGCCCAACUAUGAGAGCCAAGAUGGUGGGGCAGCUCACCAGGGCAGCACACGAGAGCUGGAGAGUGACUACUACCUAGGUGGAUAUGACAUUGACAGCGAAUACCCACCACCUCAUGAAGAGUUCCUGAGUCAGGAUCAGCUACCCCCGCCACUGCCCGAGGACUUCCCUGAUCAGUAUGAGGCCCUGCCUCCCUCCCAGCCCACCUCCCUCACUGGCACCAUGAGCCCAGACUGCAGGAGAAGGCCCCGGUUUCACCCCAGUCAGUACCUCCCUCCUCACCCACUCCCCGGUGAAAUGGAUUUGGGGGGCCCAUCCUCCAGCUGUGAUUUUAGUACUUUUGCAGUAAACAUGAACCAUGGUACAGAGGUCAUGGCCCCCACAGACAGUGUGUCUCUGCCCUUGCACAAUUCCCGAGGCACCUCAUCCUCAGAUACAUCAGCCCGCUGUGGCUUUGAUGACUCUGAGGUAGCCAUGAGUGACUACGAGAGCGCAGGCGAGCUCAGCCUCACCAACCUUCACAUUCCCUUUGCGGAAACGCAGCACCAGACCCAGGUGUAGGGGACACCCAGAGGUGCUGGGCCCUGACUAUUAAAGCAUGGAAGAAAAUAAGCUGCACUUGUGUUGGAUGGAGAGAAGUCCGUGGAAAUGUGGAUUUUCUAUGAGGAACACCUUCGCAAGUCUUUCUGUCACAAGCAAGCUUGACUCCCAGAGUGACAAGGAGAGGCUCAGAAUUGUUUUGGGGGGAGAGAAGAGUGGACAAUCCUUGUUGUGGGUGUUUGUGGCUUGGAAUGCGAAGGAGAAGAAGUUAGCUUACUAAGCUAAACGGGAGAUCAUGAAUGGCUUUGUGCAUUAUUGUGGCCCAGAAAGUAUGAAACCAGAGUUCCUUACAGUAUUUACCCUGCCACCUUCAGAAGGGCGUCAUUGCAUGUGAUUUGGAACCAAGGAAGUGAGAAUAGUAGAGAUGUGUGUCAGAAAAGUUAGUGUUGUAGAUGAAAGAAAAGUGAGCACCGCUCACGGGGGUGAGCGGAAGCCUUUGAAACCAACGCCGUUAUUUAAAGGAGCUGUCGAAUUUUCAGCUAUAAAAUUAGGUUUGAGGAACAUGCUCAGCGUGCUCAGAUUUUUUUUCCCCUGUUUGUGUUAAGCAUCCAAUAUAAAAUUGUUGGGUUUUGUGAUCUCUGAGAAAGUUACCAAGAAAGAGCAAUAAGAGGCUGUCCAGAGCUUGGUUAAUGUUCAAACGUUAGAAAAACUGUGACGAUCUUGUUUUGUGUUUUCUGUCAAAUAUUCCUGGCCAUAUCUAUGGUUCUAACAUUGCUGCCGAAACUGGGCCCUGUUGGUGUAUUGUUCUCUAGGAUGAGAUGUAUUUGAAAGUCUAAGUAGGAUUCACAAUUCAGAGGAGAGGGUAUGUGAUACGGACAAAGGUUUCAGCCUAGGUAAUCACAAUUCUCCACACCACGGGUGAAAGUUGUGUGUGUUAUUCUAAGCUGGUAAUGAUAUCAUUAUAAAUACUCUUAGGUUUUUAAGAAGAAAGUAAGUAAUGACUAUGUAUGUGUUAAAUUUGUGUGUGUGUGUGUGUGUGUGUGUGUGUGUGUGUGUGUGUGAGUGUGUGUGAGUGCGUGUAUGUGUGUACGCAUGCGUGCCUGUGAGGAGGACCUAGGUAUCACUCUGAGUGUGCACUCGCUACAGCUGCUCUUGAGGAAAGCUGCCCCAAAGGGUUUAGGAUUCAGUGUUGGAAAUCUUGAGGUGGUCAAAGACUGCUCACCUUCGAUUUCUCCUCUCAUUAGUGUUACAGGAACACCAAAUGCCAUAUCUUACUCCGAUUCAGUUAACCUUUUAGUACUGCCAUUUAUAGUAACUUAAAGCAAGUACUGUGAUUUUUUUAAAGACAGUGUUUUAUAAUUUUCAGAACUACCAUCUGAAACUGGGUAACAUUUGAUUACAAGCUGGGGGUUCCCUCCCAUCUAAUUGGUGGGCUUCGGCCGCCAUUUCCCCACAACAGAAUGCUCGUCCCACUAAACAUACAAAAGCCCAACGUCCUAUAGUCAAGGUUAGCAGUGGAGUUGCCUUUCCUCUCUUACUGUGAUCAGCUGCGGCCACCGCCUUUGCAGUGACCAUGGGAAAUGAAUGCAUAUUUGCACAUCUGCCUCGUGAGCAAAUCUCUGUGUGGAUGGCUCCUAGCAACACCAGCAUUGGUGUGAGAAGGGAGCUGUCUGAGAGAAGCCCAAUCAUCUCCUCGACUGUCUCUAAUCCUCUUCCUUCUUUGUAGGACUCCAUCUUUCUGAACAUCUGUCAUUUAAAAAAAAAAUCCCCUUUCAUUCCAAACUUCCUGAGUUAGUAGAUACACUUGUUGGGUCUCUCUGCAUUUCUCUUCCAUUCUCUUGGUUAAACUCUCCGUGGAGGCAUUAUCCACACUGUUGGUUUGAAAUAAAUGAAUUCCACUAAGGCUGCUCCCAAGAAUCAAGUCUUCAGUAUUUUUCUUACGUAAGAAGCACAUUUGCAAGAAUCACAAAGAAAAUGACAAACUAAUGGUCCAGAGUUGAAUCACUGCUGUGCUUUUAAUAACACAACAGCAUAAAACCAUCAAAGUAAAACCAACAAUUCAUUCCUUGCCCCCAGGAAAUAUGAGAUGAGAUUCGUGCCGAUGAGUCACCAGUGCUUAGCCAGCACCUCUUCCAGAGAGAAUGCCUGGCUGACCCCAUAAUGAAGGCAUAAAUAGCGCUAUCUGCAGGCAGUAGUGGAGGCGCUGGAGAAAUCCCUGCCCAAUCCCUUCCUCUGACCUACAUAAAAUAUGUCUUUCUUUAGGACACCUCCCUGCUAAAUUUCAGCAGAAUAGCUCAGCAGGCUUUCCAGAUGAGCACUGAGUCGAUCGGAUUACUUAUCUAUAAAUGUAUGAAAUCGAUUCUCUUUUUUUGAAAAAUUAGAUUUUCUUACAGAUUAGAAAACGGAGUGCAGUGAGUCCUAUAAGCAACUAGAAGUGGCCACAGUUCUGAAGAACUGCCUCCUUAAAGGUUUUCUGGUCUGGGUCCUAAUUUUAUGAGAGAAAGCAUGCCCAGAGAGAGGAAGAGACUCGCCCAAACUCACACAGAAGCUAACUCAUUGACAACAACUGUCACCUGUCCUUAGGCACUAUGCGUCAUCCAUACCAUUGCACAGCACGAAGCUGCCCUGAGCUGGCAGCUGCUUCCUUCCGCUAAACUUCCCACUUUCCUUCACUGAAAUAUGCAAGAAAACAAAACAAAUAGAGACCAUUUCUCUGUGGACUCGGAUGGGCCCAGAGAUAUGGACGUUCAUCAGAAUGCUGCUUUUGCCAAAUGAAUGUUUCUAGAAUGGGGGUGGAGCGAGCACAGAACUGUCUUCAGACUACGGUCGUCAAGGUGGUGAAACUGUGUAACACCCCCACCCUGUGUGUUUGAUGGUUUUAAUGUUGUUUUCUUCUCAUGAGCUCUGCCUUCCUGCUGUUCUUGUCCUAGCCACUAUCAUGGAAAAUUAGCCAGUUAGUGAGUGACUUUGUAUCUGUUGGAGGAAGCAUCGCACACCACGUGCUGGCUAGGCUGAGCAAAACUGUCGAUCUUUGUCACCCUCUAAACAGGAGCUACAGGAUAGACAGCGUGCUGCAUUUAUUCCCUUCUUCUGAGAGCAUUUUGCUGCUGAGCCUCAUCCCAUGCCUGCUUUCUGUGACCCCCUACCCUGCCCACUCACACAAUGCAAUGGGAAAGUCAUAGCAAUAGAUGUAGGUCAAGGCCAUAAUCUUAGGGUUCAAGCUACUGGAGUCACAGGAAGGGCUGGGUGGAUUUACCUGGGUCUACCAUUAGAAAUCACUAUCCCAGAAGAAAAGGGAGUACAUGUCCUAUUGGCCUUUAUCUGCUGACUGCCUAGCUGUAUCGCUUUGCUGAAGCUGAGGCCAACACACAAACAAAAAAAGAAAGAAGACCAGAAUAAAUGCUUAAAGACCCAUAAAACACCUUUAGAUGAAAUAAUUCAGGAUGAUCUAGCGUUUGUGUUGUGGGGGUUGCCUGGCUUUCUCACCGCUGCACACACUAGAUACGUGGUUAGAUUUGGACAUUCUGUGCUUUGUGGGACAUGGGACUUCCAGGGGUAUUUCUUCAGUACCAUCUUUCUGCGUGGUCUGUGAGGAGCUGGUGUGUGUUCUUGUUAGUGUGUGUCUUGUAACCUUCAGCUGCACAUCGCUGACUCAGACCCACCUCUUUGAGCUUCCAGUUGUGUGUCGCAGGGGGUUUAAAGUAGCCAUGCAUGGGUUUGACAUCAGUGAAUAUUUAGCCAGCUGGCUAAGACAGGAAAAGAAGAAGCUGUUUCUUUCCUUAUGUAAUAAUGAAAAGCAAUAAUUACAAGUAUGUAACAAUACACAAAGGCCAUAAUUAGUCUCUUCCAGUGUUCAGGAUGCGCUAGAGAAUUCUGUAGUCAUUUGGAGUAUGUUGGACCCAUUAGUAUGUCCUAUAGCACCCUUCAAAUACCUGAGUUGCUCCUAUUUAACAAUUUUUUGAGCCCAUACUACUGCAUUUUGGGAGUGACAGAUGUGUCUGGAAAUGGGGAGGGUUCUUGAAAAGCACUGUACCAGAGACCAUGUUGUACAUUUGUCUGUUAUAAACAGGCUGGUUUGUAAAAGAUGUAUGUUUUUGGUGUUUAAAAUGUUUAUAAAAUUGUAUAUAGGUGGUUUCAAUUUUCCAGGCGUUUGUAGAUACAGUAUUUGAUGCCUAGCCGGAUGCUUUAAUUUGGAGGGUCGAAUAGAAUUCUUAGUCAUCCACAUUGUUGUUCUACAAACUUUUGGGGUACACCCACAACAAAGAGGACUUUAGAUUUGAAAAUGAUGGUUUUUAUUCAUUUUGAAGUGUAAUGUGUCUUUUCUUUGCUUCCAUGACUUUCAUUUAACUCUGUUUUCUAAAGAAAAGUGUUUCGAUCGACUUCUUUUUAAAAUGAAUGAGUUUUGCCCAGGUUUUAAACAUGCCACCUUCAUGCCAUUUCCUAGUCGGAGGGAGCUGUCAUUGCUUCACACAACGCACACUCACCUCACCUCACACACACAUCACAAGCAAACUUAUGCAAAGGGGAAAGUGACUAACACAGCAUUGGAGCUGUCCCUUAGAUGAAUGCAUUAUUUCUACAGAUACUGCUGUUGGCGGUAUUCAGUCUUGUGUUCUUUUCUUUAAAAAAGAAAAAAGAAAAAGAAAGAAAAAAGAAAAGAAAUGGAAUAAAAACAAAAUGAAAUAAAAAGACAGACACAAAAAAAUUU